AACGUGUCUGGCGGCUGAAGAUAUAUGUAGUUUCAGCAGCAAACCCAUGAGAACCAUUCUUCUUCUCUCUGUUGGUCUUGCCAAGUGCUGUCCUUGAGUUCAAAUCUACAGUUAUGAUGAUGUCAAGCAACGAUGAUAAAGCUUUGCAGAUUCCAGUUCCAAUUCCAAUUCCAAUUCCAAGCUAUUGGAAUGUUAAGGUACACCGUUCAAUAUGCUUAGAGCUUCAUAUACUCGUUGAUAAAAUUUUGCAUAUAAUUUUAGCCAUCGAAUCUGCCAGACCAAAUUGUGCGUUAGCCAUGCAGACAUUGUGUUCAUUACACUUCACUUUAGACAAAGCCAAGUCAGUUAUCAGACAUUGUUCUGAGUGCAGUAAACUCUACUUGGCAAUAACAUCACACAAGAUACUCUCAAGAUCUCGAAAAAUUCAACAUGCUUUUGAGUUGAACUUGGCUAAGAUUCAAAAUGCGGUUCCAGUACCAAUGGCUGCUAAGAUAUCUGCAAUCCUACAUGAUCUUAGGCAUAUGGAAUUUUCCUUGGAAUUUGAAGAAGAUGAUGCUUGGAAAGUAUUACGGUCACUGCUUGAGAAGGAUUUUCCUGAUUCAGCUUCUAUGGAAAAGGAAGAACUUGAAGCUAUUCAAGUUGCAACUUCAAGGUUGAAAAUGAAAUCCCUUUUCUCUCUGUUAGUAGAGAAAGCAACUCUUAAGAGGCAACUUGAUGAAGUCAAUUACACAAACCAAAAGGAGAAGGAGCUUCUACAAUACCUUUUGUAUCUCUUGAUCAAGAAUUGGAGAUCCAUUUGUCAGGUUCAAAAUAGAAGGCACGCACUGAAAAACGAAUGUCAUGACCAAUCCUUUGAGCACAAGUUGGUUGUGGAUGGAGCAAUAUGUGAGAAUCAAGUCAAUGAUUCUGUUAACCCAAAAGUUGGAGAUUUGUGAUUAUUUUGUAGUACUUAAGGUUGUCUUGCUCGUACUAAAUUGUAACACAGUGUCCAUAGAAGUUGAUUUGUGACUUUAAAACAGGCAUUUAUAUUUUAUUUUGUUAGGAUUAGGACCCUGAUUAUUAGGAAUAAUCCAAGACCAGCUAAGGGGAAGGUACACAUAAGAAAAAAUUCCUAGAAAAAUUUUCUGUUUUGUCUUGCUGUGAGGAUCAUAGUCAAGAUGAGGCUUGGGGAUAGUUUUUUUUCUCAGCAAGGAGACAUAUGGUCAUGUGGGGCCAGACCUUGUUCUCUUUGUCUUCAUGUAAUCAUCUAAUUUCAGCAAUAUAACCCAUGAAUUUGCUUU